AUGAAUUCCUUAAACCCAGCAUUAACAGUCGAUAUUGUUAAAAAUCAUAUCGGAAAAUGGAUAAGAAUCCAAAAAGUCAUAGAUAAUUCAGAAUUUUGUAAUCUAUCAACUUGGUCAAAUUCUCAGAUUUAUUCUAAUAUGACUUCAUCUUUUAAUAAUACUAAAGAAAUAUUAACAGAACCAUAUAAUAAUGUAUCAAAUACCUUAUAUGUAGGUUUAAUGGGAUGUACAAGUUGUAAUCCUCCAAGUGGAACUUUAGAAGUAUUAGAUCAUUUUAAAAUGGAUGCAUUUUGUUUAAUUGGUAUAUGGAGAUGUGAUUGGAAUAUUACUAAAUGUUUAUUUGUUACAGAUGCUGAAUUUAUAACAGAAAUAAAUUUUGGAGAAAAAAUAUAUAUGAUAAAAGAAGUAAAAUUUAUAUCAUUAGAAGGGAACAAUAUUGAAUAUUUAAAUAAAGGUAUAUUAAAUUUAUGUGUGAGUAAUCCACAAUUAUCAUCUAUUUCUACUGCAGAAUCAAUGAUUCAAUCUAUUUUUAAUAAAGGAGGAUUUUAUUUUAGUACAAAUUCUUCCUGGGAUAUAUCUCGUAAUAUGAGAUCUUCUAUAAUACAAGGUAGUUUCAAUGAUUUACCAGAUGAUAGAUUUACAUGGAAUUAUAAUUUAUUAUUACCAAUAAUUGAAGGUGGUCAAAAUACUUCUAAAUGGGCUUGUCCAAUUAUCUAUGGAUUUGUAGAAUAUUCGAAACUAGAUUUUAACUUAGAUAUUAAGAAUAAUAUUGUGAAUGAAGAAAUAUUUGAGGAGAUUAUUAAAGAAAGAAAUGAUAAUAAUAAUAAUUCAAAAUUAAAAUAUUCACAAAAAGAAAUAGAAAGUAUAGAACUUGUUUUGAUUUCAAGAAAAGAUUUUAGACGUCAUGGAGUUAGAUAUCUUAGUAGAGGAGCUAAUUUAAAAGGUAAUGUUUCAAAUUCAGUAGAAACAGAACAAUUAAUAAUUAUUAGAAGAUCUAAUUCAAUUAAAAUUUAUAGUUAUAUACAAUAUAGAGGUUCAAUUCCUUUAUUAUGGCAACAACUUCCAAAUUUAUGUAAAACUCCUCCAGUAAAUCUUCAUAAAGAUUCUAAUAAACAUAGAAUUGCAAUUAAAAAUCAUUUUAAAGAUUUAUGUAAUAAAUAUUGUUUAGAUUUAAAAACUAUUAAUAAUUGUGGAUUAUAUAAUAAUAUAAAAGUUGAAAAUAAUUCUCAGAAAAGUUCUUCAGAAUCUAAAACUGGUAUAAUAAUAGUAACUAACUUAAUAGAUCAUAAACGUCAUGAGCUAAUUUUAGGAAAUGAAUUUGAAGAAUAUUUAGAAAAUAUUAAUAAUGAAUAUGAAAAUUCUAAUAUAAAAAGUGAAGGUUCUAUACAAGAAAGUGAAAAUGAAAGUAAAAAUCUUACCCAAAAAAGUAAGAAUUCCAGUGAAUUAUUAGAGAUAAAUAAAUCUAAUUUUAAUAUAAAAUUUUGUUGGUUUGAUUUUCAUAAGGAAUGUGCAAAUAUGAAGUGGGAAAAUCUUCAAUAUUUAAUAGAAAAGCUCAUAAAAUUAGGUUUAGAUGAUAUUUGGUGUACAUCAAUUUUAAUUGAAGGUGAUAAAUUAAAAGAUGAACCUAUAUUCUCAAUAAUACAAGGUCAUAAUCAAAAUAAUCAAUUAAAAGUUACUAUUAAUUCUGUUCAAAAUGGAAUUUGUAGGACUAAUUGUAUAGAUUGUUUAGAUAGGACUAAUGUUGUUCAAUCUGUAAUUGGAAGACGAAUUUUAUUAAAAUUAAUAAAAUCUCUAUUUUAUUCAAAUGUUGGAGAUAAUAUUAAUAUUAAUUUAAUAAAGUCCCCUUUUGAAUCAAUUCCUGGAAUUCCAUCUAAUGAACAAUCCUUUAGAAAUAUAUGGAGUAAUAAUGCUGAUGCUUUAAGUAAAUUAUAUAGUGGAACUCCAGCUCAAAAAACUGAUUUUACAAGAUUUGGAAAACGUACAAAAUUUGGAAUAUUUCAAGAUACAACUUAUUCUAUUAGAAGAUUUAUAAUUAAUAGUUUUAUAGAUGGUUAUAUUCAAGAUUCACUUUAUGUAUUUACUAGUAUAUGCAGUCAUCCAAAUAGUAAUUUAUUAGUAAAAACACCUUUAUAUAAUAAACUUCAACUAAAUAAAUUAAAAAUUCUUAAUUUUCCUAUAUUAAUGACUAUUAUACAAUAUAUUAUUAUUUUAAGUAUACUUUCUUUUUUACCUUAUGUUAAGAAUUCCAUAAAUAUUAUUUGUCAUCUUGGUGGGAAUAUUUCAUGCUUUUUUACUAUUGGUCAUAUUUUAAAAAUAAUUCAUAUUAUAAGCUAUUUAUUUGAACAAGAAAACCUCAAAAUAUAUAUUCAAUCUAAUUGGUUAGAAAUAUUAAAUUCUCUAUUACCAUCAAAUAAAUGUAUAUUAUAUCCAUUAUCUGGUUUUUUCAUUAUUUUAUCUAUUAUAUUAUUAGGAUUUUUUUAUUUUGUUAAAAUUAGAGCUUCUAGUAUUGCAACUAGACCUAUUUUAGAUGAAACAUAUAUUGAUGGUUGGGAAUAUUCAGAUAAUGAAUCAAAUAUAGAUAAUAAAUAA